AGACCAAAUUACAAAAGACUUCUAAAAACAGCUGAUGGAAAUUUAUUUAUGUUUAUAACUGAAAACGUGUACUUUCGUUGAAACGGCAACUAAUAAAUAUUUUAAAAUAUUUUGGAAAGAAAUAUUUUUUUAAGAGAGCCUCUUUUUGUAUCAUUCUAAAAUGUUCUUAUUUUCGUUAAAAAAAAUCGUAAUAUUUUACGGAAAAUCGAUUCGGAAAUGUACUUUUUGAUAAACACAAAGAUAUGAGGAAAAAUGAAUUUGUAUGCAUCAGUCAGCUUAUAAGGAGCAAAGUUGUGUUAUUGGGCCCUGCAAAUUUGUCGAUAAAAUUUGUUGUUAUGCGGCAAAAUAACAAGCUACGUUUUGCAAAACUGAAACGACUGAUCGCUGCUGUUCGCUUUAUCAUUUCGGCAAAUGAGUUUGGCGAUUGGUAGAGGGCCGAUGAAAAGAACGUUGGUGAAUUAGCUAGCAUUUUACCAGUGUCAUAUAUUUAUGAGGCCCUCUGAACUGUGAUUUGUUGUGUGCCACCCCAGAGUGAUAGUAACUAAUACAAAUUGUGACAGGUGUUGAAGUCAAAUAAGUGAUAUUGCUUGUUUUUCAUCACAACAGUGACCCCUCUGAAGAUAUGAUUGAUAGCCUGUCCGACUCCGAAACUUGUACAGAAUGCUAAGCUUUUAAUUGAGCUUCGGCACAAGAAUUCAAGCUGGAUAAGCUUCCAGACUAUCUCAGAGAUACGGUUGACUGGUUUAUGGGUAAGGCGCGCCGGAAGGACCGCGAGAGCUCUGCGCCGUCGCAGGAGGAGCACAAGCUCUACCUGGAGGAGGCGGUGCUAGAGCGGAAGCACAGCGACACCGACCUGCGGCCGCUGGUCGACCUGCCGCCCGGACUCGGCUACAACGAGUGGCUCGCCUCCCACACCAUCGACUUUUUCCAGCACAUAAACCUGGUGUACGGCACCAUAUCCGAGUACUGCACCUCGUCCACCUGUCCGGAUAUGAACGGACCGUGCCAAAGGCAAUACUUUUGGAUGGACGAGAAGGGGAAGAAGAUUAAGACGACGGCGCCUCAGUAUGUGGAUUAUGUGAUGACUUACAUUCAGAAGACUCUCAACGACGAGACGGUGUUCCCCAGUAAACCCGUGAACGACUUUCCGACCGACUUCGAGCUGGUGGUUCGCCGCAUCUUUCGGCUGUUGUUUCACGUGCUGGCGCACGUGUACCAUAACCACUUCCGGGAGGUGAUGCUGCUCACGCUGCACGCCCACCUCAACUGUAUCUUCGCGCACUUCACGCUCUUCAACGAGCGCUUCAAGCUGAUCGACGACAAGGAGACGGAAGUGUUGCAUGACCUGGUGGUGGCGCUGAAACUGGCGCCGCGUGGCGUGACGUCACCGCCCUCCGCCUCCGCCGCCGCCGCGGCCGCGGCUGCCGACGGCGACGGCGAUGAAGACGAAAAUAAGGAAAACAUUGACGUGGGCAACGGCCGGCCGGCCGCUGACAAGGCGGUCAGCAUGGAGACGGACGAGCCGGCGCCGGCGCCGGCCGAGCCGGGCGCGGUCGGCGGCGCCGCGCCGGCCGAGUCCUGCCAAUAGUGAUAUCCACCUACCGAGCCCGCGCUGCGCCGCGCCGCCGCCUGUUUUACCCUGUUGGACGUCGCGCCCCGCUGUCGGCCCGACCGGUAAGUUAUUUUAACCACGUUAGUUUCUUCUGCAAGUGCGCGACCUCGCUUGCAUCUAGUCGCUCUGUUGUGAUUGCUGGUACAAAUGCGAGCCGUUGUUGAGUGUGGGUCGGCGAGCGUGUGCGGUCGCCGCCGGUGCGCCGCGGCCGGCGCCGGCGCCCCGUUUUACUGGAGUGACCGGGCGCGCGGCCCGGCCGGCCGGCGGCUCCCUCUCCAUAUCAUGUAGUGUGGAGCGCCGCCCGCCUCUCUGCCUUCUGUGGUGCGCGCGCGCGCCGCCGCGGCCCGCCCGGCAGUACCGUCAGCGGGCCGCGUCCCAUCGCCGGAGCCGCCGGAGCGCCGCUCCUACCCGUGGUACGCCGCCGCCGCCGCCGCCGCCGUCGCCUUUGUCGUCCAACUCCUGUACUUAGUCGGCCCGCGUGGCCGCCCCCUGAUACCAAAGUCCCUGCGCCGCGCGGCCACCUCCUCCGUUACGGGGCGCGUGCGCCGCCGUGACCGAGCCGAGAUCACGUGGGGUCCGGUCCGAUCGGGGUAUUUUUGAGAGAGAGCGUGAGAGCCGGGAGAGCGAGUGUGGGGACGUACUGUACUGGAUAGGGCGCUGAUCAUGGCCCGGCUAGCCGCGCGGGCGGCGCGGCGGCCGCGCCGAUCGCCGGGUGGCCGCCGUGCCCCGCCGGCUAGGUAAUUCACAACCGUAGAAUGUGAUAGACGGACUGACCUCAGGGUAUAUGAGAGGUCAUUCCGAUAGACCAGAGACAAAAUAAAUUAUGUGCACUGUG